AUGCCAGAAGAUUUGUCUAGUCUUGAACAGUUCGCAAUAAAACGUUUAGCAGCUUAUAUUUCACUUUUUGCACUAUUUUUACUAACGACAUUCUUAGUUAUUCUAUUUAUUAUUAUUUUCCCGUUUUUCGUGAUUUUAAAUCAAACAAAUAGAGAACAAGAUGAAAAAACAGCAAUAUACCCUAUCACAAAGUAUUUUUACAAAGCUAUAUGCUUCUUUUAUACAUUUUCAGCAAUUUUUAUAACGAUAGCUUGCUUGAUUUUAAUACUCGGAUCUCGGGAAACAUUCGAUGGACUAGUUGCCUCAUUAUUUGUGCUUUUUAUAGUAUUCCCUCUGCUCAUUUUUGUACACGUUCAUCAUUUGAUAAUAUUUCUCAUGGCAGUUCAAAGAUUUUUACUGGUAUUUUUCCCAUCUUCUGAGCCACUAGUGACAUUUGGGCAGAAAACCACCAAUAAAAUAAUUAACGCGUUCCAUUUUCUAUUUAUUCUUACUCACUUGGGACUAUUGAUAGUUGAUUUUAAAGACAGUCAAGACCUAUAUCGUGCGAGGGAGACAUAUUAUUAUCUAAGCUAUUUGAUUUUUCUCAACAUUAUCCAGAUAACAUCAGCAGUUUUGUAUAUUCCAAUUAUGCUGAAAAUCCGUAGUUUUGCACAUUUGGCGUCGUCGAGAAACUAUCAACCUCAAAAAUUUAUUCUUUAUCAGACAUUGUUUAUUUCAGGCUUUAAAUCUACUCACAUUUGGGCUCUCGGGCUUGUCUACUGGGCUGAAUUUCCAUUAACAUAUUUUCUCGUGUUAUGCGGUGCAUUCGACCUGUUAUCAACUUCAGUUUUGAUCCAAGUGUCUUAUUUGUUCUGUAACAAACGGAAUGUGGAAACAUUAAGACUCAAUUUUUCACUGAAGAAACUAUUCAAUUCUUUCAAAUUUAUAAUUUUUCCGAAAUUGAGAAAAGUAAAGCCGGUGGAACAUCCAUUGACCGAGUUGGGAACAUCUACACUUUAA